CAUACCGUGACUUAAGCAAGAUAUACAUCAAUAAUAAUAAAUUUAUUCCUUAAAACUUGUUGACAAAGGACAGUAAAAGAACUAGGUUAACAUAGAUAGAGAUAUAAAACUAACAUGUUAGUCCAAGGGACAGGAGGAAACGAUGGCUAUGCUAGUGCACUGAACAUUUGUGAGGUGGAGAUCUAUGCUUGCAGCCCAGGAAUCUACGGAGUGAAGUGUAAUACGUUCUGUCACUGCCUGGAUUCAACCUGUGAUCGCUUGACUGGAUUCUGUCAUGGAAACUGUAGAGGAAACUGUAGACCAGGGUGGCAGGGACAGAGAUGUGAUACUGCUUGCAACAGCACCACGUAUGGUACUAACUGCAAGAAAACGUGUGCUGAACGGAGGUGUUCAUCUCCAAAUUCGUCAUGCGACCGUCGCACUGGAGCAUGUGACACAGGAUGUCUUCCUGGUUGGAUGGACUUUGACUGCACACAAGAAUGUGCCAAUGGAAAGUACGGCGAAAAUUGUACUAGUCUUUGCUCUGAAAGACACUGUGCCGGAAAUUCAUCAUGUGAUCAUGUGAUUCUGGAUGUAAAGCUGGAUGGAUGGGUGUUGAUUGUAAAGAAGCUUGCGAUUCCAAUCAUUAUUGACCUGACUGUCGUGGUGUAUGCUCCUCCAGACAAUGUGCAGGGAACUCUUCCUGUCACUCAACAGGAACCUGUGACAGUGGAUGUGAGACGGGAUGGACACAGGGUGACUGUACAGUGCCUGUCAACUGUCCUCCUGGAAGGUAUGGACCAGGAUGUACAGAGUUCUGCAGUUCCCGCAACUGUUAAACGCCAUCAUCUGUGUGUGACGUCACUGGAUCGUGCCCAGACGGAUGCCGGGAAGGAUGGCAGAAUGAUGACUGCAUUAUACCAUGUCAGAGCGGAAAGUACGGUUCUAUCUGCAGCAAGUCUUGUGAUUCCCGUCAUUGCCAAACUGCACCAGUCUCCUGCGACCACGUGACAGGAGCCUGCGCUGCCGGUUGUCGGGAAAGAUGGUUUGGAGCAGACUGUACUCAGAGAUGCAAGCCUGGAACUUAUGGACCUGAUUGUACUCGUUGUGGAUAUUGUGACGUCACAUGUAAUGUUGGAGAUGGACGCUGUCCCGGAGAAUGUCUGGACGGCUUCACUGGUGACCGAUGUGAUGAGGAUGUUAGAG